GCUCGGUCUCUCUCGGUCUCUCUCGCUCGCUCCUUCGCUUUCUCUCUGAGAUUUCUAUUGCUUCUCUCUCCUUAACUCUAAAUUUUAAUGAAAAAUGUGUGAAUUGAACAGAAGCACACAUGUUUUGGUGGCUAUAUAGAAGUCCUUACAGAGUUGAAAUUAGCUCCAAGCCAUGGCCAAUCAUUCUUUGGUUGCAGGGUGGACCAGGAGCAUCAGGUGUUGGUUUAGGGAAUUUUGAAGAGAUUGGGCCACUGGAUGUUAAUCUAAAGCCAAGAAAUUCAACAUGGCUAAGAAUGGCUGAUCUCCUGUUUGUGGAUAAUCCAGUUGGUACAGGAUUCAGUUUUGUGGACGAAUCAAAUUUAUUUGUGAAAACUGAUGAAGAGGCAGCAACUGAUUUAACCACAUUGUUGAAGGAAAUUUUUAACAGAAAUGAGAGCCUGCUCAAGGAUGUUCCUCUUUGCUCAAGGAUGUUCCGAAUGACGAGUGGAGCAUGAGCAAGAUUGUCAGUACAUUAAUGGGAAACAAACAAUAUGCAGAAAAGAUGCUUUUAUAUCCUGAAAAUCACAACCAAUCUAUAUCUGGAGGGCAGUCAUUUGCAGAGAUAAUGUUUAGUGAAUAUGAGAACCAUUCUCCUGAAUCUCCUGCCUCUAAAGAAUCAUUGUUUAAGGGAUGUGCCCUAUACAAACCAGAUGAUCAGAAUGAUCACUUUUACGAUUGGUGGUGGUGCUUACCUCAAUUUCAUGGGCAAUGAAUUUGGGCAUCCGAAAAGGGUAGAGUUCCCGAUGCCUAGCAACAACUUCUCAUAUUCACUUGCUAACCGUUGUUGGGAUCUGUUGGAAAAUGAAGAUGUGCAUCGCAAUUUGUUCUCUUUUGAUAAGGAUCUGAUGAAGUUGGAUGAAAAUCAAAGGGUGCUUUCAAGGGGUUUGCCAAGCAUUCACCACGUGAAUGAUACUUCCAUGGUAAUAUCUUACAUAAGAGGUCCUCUUCUCUUUGUAUUCAACUUUCAUCCAACCAAUGCAUAUGAAAGAUACAGUGUGGGUGUAGAAGAAGCAGGAGAGUAUCAAAUCGUACUAAAUACAGACGAGAAGAAGUAUGGAGGCCACGGGCUUAUAAAGGUUGACCAGUAUCUUCAAAGAACCAUCAACAAAAGAGUUGAUGGCCUCAGAAACUCUUUGGAAGUGUUCCUGCCUUGUAGGACUGCCCAGGUGAUUUGCAUCUGAAGAAUGUAUACUAUUCAUAAAUGAAAGAUGCUGGUUUCUUUGAUGCUGAUUGGGAGUGAUGCAGUGAUAUUCUGGCCGGAUGACUCUGUAUAUUAAAGUAACUUCCAGAUGGCAAAAAUUUUUGUACUUGAAGAGAUGCUUAUCCGUUGCUUGCUGGACUCGUUCUUUUACAAUAGAUGUAGUGUGCCUCUGGCACUUGGAACGCUUUGUUGUGUACCAAUUAGGAACUGGUUAGACCGCAUUAAAAAAUAUAACUGUGUAUAAUACAGAAUAAGGGAAGCAUAAAGGUAUAUUUUAUGAUAUGUAUUUGAUACUAUUUGAAUCCAUUAUGUAUUUUGAGAUAUUUUAAGUUUCUUAGUGUUGAACUAUAAUAAUGUUUUGAACUAUUAGAUUGCAGAAUUAUGAAAUGAAGUUGAUGUGUA